GAAAUCAUGCAACAUACUCUCCUUAUCUGUGUACAUCAUUCACUCCAAAGCCGAUGCGCUAGGCUGAAUUAUUUAUGACAGCAGUAAUGGACAAUCCCACUUCCAACCUGAAAAGUCACUGGUGUUGCGGGUAUCUGGCGAUCAGAAAUUAAAAGUCCUGCCACAUGUUUACUCAUGACCUCAGUCAGCUGAUCCGAUCUGUGGAAAAAUGCUAAUUAGCAAAUCCAGGAGACUGGAACAAAAUACAGAGGAGGACUUUUACUUUCUGAACCCGGACUCUCUGGAUAUUUGUGUUAUUUUCUGUCAUGUUCUAUUUCAAUCCAUCUGUGAAAACAAAAUGUGUUUUAUGAUCAUAAUGUUCAGCAGAUACUCUAACAGUGUGUGUGUGUGUGUGUGUGUGUGUGUGUGUGAUUGACAGAAGUACUCCAGGUCUUGGCCGCCCCAACAUGAGGGAAGAUUCAGAUCGACUCAAAAAUCUGAGGAUUGUGCUGUUGGGUAAAACUGGAUCAGGAAAGAGUUCAACGGGAAACACCAUCAUCGGCGGCUUUGAGUUUGAGCAAGGUGUGUCCACUAAGUCUAUUACUAGACAAUGUCAAAGACAUGUGACUGCAGUGGAGGAGGAUAAAACCAUCUCAGUGAUCGACACUCCAGGACUAUAUGAUACGGAAAUGAGUGAAGAAGAACUGAAGAAAGAGAUCGUGAAGUGCAUCUACAUGUCUGCUCCUGGUCCUCAUGUGUUUCUGCUGGUCAUCAGACUGGGCGUGAGAUUCACAGAAGAAGAGAAGAAAACAGUGAAAUGGAUCCAGAAACACUUUGGAGGAAAAGCUUCUCAUCACACCAUCAUUCUGUUCACUCACACUGAUCAUCUGAAGGGGCUUUCAUUAGAUGACUAUAUCAGUGAGCGUAACGAUCUCAAGGCUCUCGUUAACGAGUGUGGUGGCAGAUUUCACUCGUUCAACAAUGAAGACAUGAGUAAUCGCUCUCAGGUCACAGAACUGCUGCAGAAGAUUGAUGAAAUGGUGAGGAUCAAUGGAGGACAGCACUACACCAAUGACAGAUUUCAAGAAGCCCAGAGACGGAUUGAACAAGAGGCUUCAAAACAAAAACUGGAAGUCAAUGUGCAAACCGCACUAACAGCAACAGGAGGUGGGGUGGUGGUGGUAGGAGCGGCAGUGGGAGCGGCAGCACUAGGAGUGGCAGUAGUACUGGUAGGAGCAGGAUUAGGAAUGAUAGUAUCAUUAUUUGUAGGAGCGGCAGUAGGAGGAGCAAUAGCAUUAGGAGCGGUAGUAGGAGUAGCAGCAGCAUUAGGAGUGGUACUAAGAAGGGCUGGAGGAGAAGGAGGAGCAGUAGGGGUGGCAGUAGGAUGGGCAGUAGUAGUAGGGCUAGCAGUAGGAGCGGGAGUAGGAGGGGUAGUAGUAGGAGCGGGAGUAGUAGAAGUGGAAGUAGAAAAUAAGGGAAUUGUGUCGGUGGCAGUGGCACUAUCAGUAGUAGGAGGAGUCGUAGCAGCAAUAGCAGCAGCAGCAGCAACAUUAGCAAUAGCAAAAAGAAAAUAAGGGCCAUAAUUGAUCUGA